AUGCAGUUGAAACUGGCCCUGCUUCUGGGCCUUAGCUGGCUGGCCAACGCUGCUUUCAUUCCUUACACUAAUGAUCGGUUUCGUCUGCACAGCCGCUCUAACAGUUCUUCUACGGGAUUCCGAUCCGUGGCUUACUUUGUUGACUGGGCAAUCUAUGCGCGUAACUUUAACCCGCAGAAUCUAACCACCGAGACUCUGACUCACGUUCUCUAUGCGUUCGCCAAUGUUGAUCAAAACACCGGCGAAGUGUCACUCGCCGACACGUACGCGGACAUCCAGAAGCACUAUCCCACCGACUCCUGGAAUGAGCAGGGAAACAACGUGUACGGCUGCGUUAAGCAGCUGUUUCUGCUCAAGAAGAAGCAGCGGAACCUGAAGACGCUGUUGUCUAUUGGAGGCUACACAUACUCUCCCAAGUUUUCGACUUUUACCACGACCGAGUCUGGAAGGCAGACGUUUGCUUCGACUGCCGUCCAGAUGGUUCAGAACCUUGGGUUUGACGGCAUUGAUAUUGACUGGGAGUACCCGAACAACGCUACUGAGGCGGAUAACAUGGUUGCGCUUCUGAAGGACGUGCGAGAGGCUCUGGACAACUACUCUGCCAAGUACGCGAAUGGAACCCACCUUCUGCUCAGUGUCGCCUCACCAGCCGGUCCCUCCAACUAUCAGCCCAUGCAUCUUGCGGAGAUGGACCAAUACCUUGAUUUCUGGAAUUUGAUGGCCUAUGACUACACUGGAUCUUGGUCUACGGUUGCCGGACACAUGGCGAAUGUGUUCCCAUCGACGUCGAACCCAGCCAGCACCCCGUUCAACACCGACCAGGCCGUCUCCUACUACACUUCCAAUGGUGUUGCUCCCAGCAAGAUCAACCUGGGAAUCCCUCUUUACGGCCGGUCCUUCCUUCAGACGGACGGUCCGGGCACUGCAUACAACGGUGUUGGGCCCGGCGAAUGGGAGGGCGGACCUGGAGUCUGGGAUUACAAGGCCCUGCCUCAGGCGGGCGCGACGGUGUACGAACUCGACCAGCCCAUCGCCAGUUACAGCUAUGAUCCGAACCAGAAGAUCAUGAUCAGCUACGACACCCCCAAUGUCGUCGCCUGGAAGGGUGACUACAUCCAGCAGAAGGGUAUUGGCGGUGGCAUGUACUGGGAAAGCAGCGGGGACAAGUCGGGCAACGAGAGUCUGAUCGCGACGCUGGUGAACCGCGUUGGCGGCACGGCCGUGCUGGACCAGAGCCCGAACCUGCUCAGCUACCCGGCAUCUAUCUAUGAUAACUUGAGGGCCGGAUUCCCGUCGAACUAG